CGGCCGGCUCCUGGCUCGAGCGGCCCCGGGCCCAUUCCUGAGCUUCUCCCUGCCAGGCCCACCGCGGUCGGCUCUUGUCUGUCUCCACUGCCGAGCAGAGGCUUGGCUUGGGCCGCUGUGGUUGACAUGUGCUGUGAGAAUUGGAGCCGCGUGGCCGAGAUGCUUCUGUUCAUUGAAGGCCGGGAAGAGGACUGUCGGGUCCUCUGCCUGUGCUCCCGGGCGUUCGUGAAGGAUCGAAAAUUGUGCAAAUUGGGAUUGAAAGGCUACUAUGUCAAAGGCAAUGACAAUAAUACAGUGUUGGAUGUAGGAGACCAAACUACAGAAGAGGAGGAAGAUGAUCAUUCCCAUAACACUAUGAAAUCAUGCAACAAUGAAGACAUAGGUCCAGAUGAAAGUGAACUUGAUUCUGAGGCCGAACUCAUGAGAAGUAUGGGAUUGCCACUUCAGUUUGGUGGAGUAUCUGCACAUAAGAAUUUUGAGGUGUCUAUGAAUAGUAGAAAUAAGGUUAAAGUAAAAAAGAAAAAGCAAAAACAUCAAAAGAGGUACUUGGAUCAAAUUAUGCAAGAAUCUUGGAGAGAAAACUGUGAAAGUGAUCUUUUAGUCUCAGAUGAUCCAUCUUCAGUUGAACAGUUUGAGGACACCAUAACAUGUGAAUCUCAAAGCAAAAAAGACAUUGCACCUGAAAAUCUUGUUGAAAAGACAUCUCCAAAACUAGAGGUUACAGAAAAAUGGGAAAAGUAUUGGAAUGAAUAUGGAGGAGGACUGUUAUGGCAAGGCUGGCAAGAAAAACAUCCAGAUCAGACACUCUCUUCUGAACCUUGGAAUUUUCCUGACACAAAGGAGGAAUGGGAGCAACAUUACAGUCAGCUUUAUUGGUAUUAUUUGGAACAAUUUCAAUAUUGGGAAGCUCAGGGUUGGACUUUUGAUGCCUCACCAAGCUAUGAUACAGAUACUUGUGUGUCUCAAACAGAAGUAGGAAAGAAUGAUGACAAUCACAUGAAAAUGGACUUGAUAACUUCAUCUUCACCUAACAUGAUUGAUAAAGAAAGCUCAAGUGAUAAAGAUCACAAUGAAAUACUUGAUGGCAUAAGUAAUAUAACUUUGAGUUCAGAGGAUAUAGACCAGAGGCAGUUAGGAACCUCUGUAAGGUGUGGUGGACAGCUGAAUGAAGUUAGCAGCAGGAGAGAAUGCCCUGCUUCUGGCCAGAGUGAACCAUGUAACGGAGCAAGCAAGGAAAGCAACUCAUCUGGGAAUAGCAGCCCAGACCAACCAGUUCCAGAGCCACAGGAGUCUUUGGGGGCAAAUACAUGCAAAGACAGACCACACACCAAUGGGACUGAUGGAGAUGAGAGUGAGGAAGAUCCACCUGAGCAUAAGCCCAGCAAACUUAAGAGGAGCCAUGAACUGGACAUCGAUGAAAACCCAGAUUCAGACCUUGAUGACAGUGGUUCCCUCCUAGGAUUCAAACAUGGCUCAGGACAAAAAUACGGUGAAAUUCCUAACUUCAGUCAUCGGCGGGUCAGGUAUCUAGAGAAGAAUAUGAAACACACAUCAAAGUACCUGGACAUGCGCAGACAAAUAAAGAUGAAAAACAAACAUAUCUUCUUUACUGAAGAAUCAGAAAAACCAUUUUUUAAGAAAAGCAAAACUCUGAGUAAGGUAGAGAAAUUCCUGAAAUGGGUUAAUGAACCAGCAGAUGAGGAAACAUCACAAGCAUCAUUUUCACAAGACCACGUGCAAGAUACCUGCACAAGCAGUGAAUCAGAACAAGACAUACCUGCUAAUAAAGCUGAUGAUCCAAUGAAAACAGGAAGUCCAGAACCUGGAAAAUGUCAAGUCAACACUUUUGUUGGGGAACUGGAAAUGGAAGAAAAGAAAGAAGGAGACAGUGUUGUAGCUGCUGUCUUGGAGGAACAGGAUUGUAUAACUAAAGAAAUACCAGACUGUUCUCAGCUAGAAACUGACACUGAAAUGAAGAAGAAAAAGAAGAAGAAAAAAAAUAAAAACAAAAAGGUAAAUGUGCUGCCUCAUGAGAUAGCUUCUGUUCCUGAGCUGGCAAAAUACUGGGCCCAGAGAUACAGGCUUUUCUCCCGUUUUGAUGAUGGCAUUAAGCUGGACAAAGAAGGUUGGUUUUCAGUUACACCUGAGAAGAUUGCUGAGCACAUCGCUGGUCGGGUCAGUCAGUCCUUCAGGUGUGACAUUAUCAUAGAUGCGUUCUGUGGAGUUGGAGGAAAUACCAUUCAGUUUGCCCUAACAGGAAAAAGAGUGAUUGCCAUUGAUAUCGACCCUGUGAAGAUUGAUCUUGCUCGUAAUAAUGCUGAAGUUUAUGGGAUAGCAGAUAAGAUAGAGUUCAUCUGUGGAGAUUUCCUGCUCCUGGCACCUUGUUUAAGGGCUGAUGUUGUGUUCCUGAGCCCACCAUGGGGAGGACCAGAUUAUGCCACUGCAGAGACCUUUGACAUUAGGACAAUGAUGUCUCCUGAUGGCUUUGAAAUUUUCAGGCUUUCUCAGAAGAUCACUAAUAAUAUUGUUUAUUUUCUUCCAAGAAAUGCUGAUAUUGACCAGGUGGCAUCCUUGGCUGGACCUGGAGGGCAAGUAGAAAUAGAACAGAACUUUCUUAACAAUAAAUUGAAGACAAUCACUGCUUAUUUUGGUGACCUGAUUCGAAGACCAGCUUCUGAAGCCUAAAUAAGAGGCCAUAUAAGGACAAAAAGAUCAUGUGGUAAUCAAUAUUAUCUAAAUGAGACUGAGGAAUGUCCACCUGUGCUCAUUAACACUUUGUUACUCAUAUCUUAUGUUACCACAUCAUAUGGAGACCUUAGUGAGUUGUAAUGAAUAUCAGUGAAGUGUUUUGAGAUCUUUGGAGAACAUUAACUAUGAACCAUAUAUUAUACAGCAGAAGAUUCAAGUAUCUGAUAUAGAAAGAAGUGUGCCUUUGUGUUUAAUUUCAGUGGGUAUCUAUGUAAAUGUAUGUGU